GCACACAUGCGAUCGGACCCCCGUGGAAAGUUCCACUAUCCUUCCCCCCUCCAAAGCGCGCACCUUUUACGCAUGGGUCCGCUGCAGCACCUGGCUGGAAGAUUUCGUUUUUUUUUUCCCCCUUCUUAAUAACGAAGACAUAGAAGUUUAGAGGCUUGCAGAAGUUUGCUCCACGGCCACGGACUCUACGCACCUGCACACGGACGCGUUUUUUUUUAGUGUUGUGGUUUUUUUUCUCCAUUUCUUUUAAACGCGGCUGCACCAUCGAGGCGAGACGGCGACCUCAGUCGAUUACCUUUCUUUGCUCUGCUAUCCCAUGGAUAUUCACUGCAAGGCGGACCCCUUCUCGGCCAUGCACCGGCAUGGCGGCGUGAACCAGCUGGGUGGGGUGUUUGUGAACGGCAGACCCCUGCCGGACGUGGUGCGGCAACGGAUCGUGGAGCUGGCCCACCAAGGGGUCCGGCCCUGUGACAUCUCCAGGCAGCUGCGGGUCAGUCACGGCUGCGUCAGCAAAAUUCUCGGCAGGUACUACGAAACGGGCAGUAUUAAACCGGGGGUCAUCGGUGGCUCCAAACCAAAGGUCGCCACCCCGAAAGUGGUCGAUAAGAUUGCGGACUACAAGCGCCAGAACCCCACCAUGUUCGCCUGGGAGAUCCGGGACCGGCUACUGGCGGAGGGGGUGUGCGACAACGACACGGUGCCCAGCGUGUCGUCCAUCAACAGGAUUAUACGCACCAAAGUCCAGCAGCAGUUCCACCCGUCUCCCGACGGAUCCAUCACGCCGCUCUCCACGCCGGGACACACCAUAGUACCCAGCACAGCGUCCCCGCCUGUGACCAGCGCCUCCAAUGACCCCGUAGGGUCCUACUCCAUCAACGAUCUUGGGAUCCCCCGCUCCAACGGCGAGAAAAGGAAACGAGACGAUGAUGCAAACAGGAACAUCUCAGAGGAGAAUUCGACUGUCACAUCCAAGACCUCUCAAAGUUCUCCACAUCCCGCCAGUGAAAACAACAGCCCGACACGCUCCAAACCUGCACUGGCCGCCAAAGACAGUCAUCCAUCCAGCCCGUGUGACUAUGACUGA